AUGAUGAACUGUAAGUCCAACUCCCUGACUUGCCUUCAAGGAGGAAAACCAGGGCUGCCUGUGGCUGCCACCACAGACUCCACAGCCACCUUGAAUAAGCUCGCCCUGGCCACAGGGGGCACCGAGAAGUCCUGGUACCGUUGCAUCUUCCCCUUUGGCAUCGUUGCCUUGGUGAUCGGCAUUGCCGCCACCUGCAUCACCUUCACCAUCAAUGGGCCCCAAAUGGACAUUGCCAAGGUGGUCUCCGUGGCCACCUUGAUUUUCGGAGUUGGCCUCCUGGUAGCUGCGCUGGUCUGCUGGCGGGCCAAGCGAGAACGGCAAAGGAAGAAGCAGCAGGAAGAGCCUCUUCCCUUGGAGCCAGGAGCUCUAUGAAGCCAACACAGAGCCAAACCCCCAGGGAGUAAACCUGUGCUGUAGAGAACCCUAUCUUUUUCAUGUCAUCCAUGGCAGGUGUUGGAAGAGGAGCUGUGGAGACACCCGUCCCAUGUCUUGGGGAUGGAGAAGAAUGGAACUCAGCCACCCAGGGGCACUUUGAGCUCCCUUAACUCAGUGUGAUAAGUGGCAUUAUGGACUAGUUAAGGUGUUCGGCUCACUCCUAAGAAGAAUGGAGAAUCAGUCCCCGGAGGUGAGUGGCCAGGAUGGGUAGCCAGCUGGCCGCACUUCAGCCUUUAUCCCCACGAAGCUGGCUUGAUCCCGGCCAACGGGGCUGCUUAC